CUUCAAUUUCCGUGAUCCUCAAUCAAGUCCCCAGAUACCAAACUCUCGAGAACCAUAUCCAUGGCGGCAACCACCAAGAGGUAUGCAGUGGUCACGGGAGGAAACAAGGGGAUUGGGUUCGAGAUUUGCAGGCAGCUGGCUUCUAACGGCGUUCUGGUUGUUUUAACAGCCAGAGAUGAAAACAGAGGCCUCCAAGCUGUUCAGAAGCUCAGAGAUGGCGACCCAGCUCUCUCGGACAACUUAGUCUUCCACAAACUUGAUGUGGCAGACAGUAGCAGCAUUUCUUCCCUUGCAGAUUUCAUCAGAACCCAAUUCGGGAAGCUUGACAUCUUGGUGAACAAUGCUGGAAUUUUCGGGGCGACGAUGGACGUAGAUGGUUCUAGGCUAGUACCCUUAUUCGUCUUGUUUGGGUCAAUCUUACUUAUCUAUCUAUCAUCUUCCAAACAGUGGCUUGAGAGCAUUACAGACACAUACGAAUUGGCAGAAGAGUGCUUGAAAACAAACUACCAUGGCGCCAAGCAAAUGAUCGAAACGUUUUUGCCACUGCUUCAGCAGUCUGAUUUGCCCCGGAUAGUCAACGUUUCCUCUGGAUUGGGGAAGCUGAAGAAUGUCAAGCAUGAAUGGGCUACAAGUGUGCUGAGUGAUGUCGAGAAUCUGACUGAAGAGAAAGUGGAACAAGUGUUGAAUCAGUACCUGAAAGACUUCAAGGAAGGUUCGUUGGCAACCAAAGGCUGGCCGCGUGGGGCUUCUGCAUAUACACUGUCGAAGGCAGCGUUGAAUGGUUACAGCAGGAUCAUAGCCAAGAAGUACCCAAAUCUGUGCAUCAACUGCGUUUGCCCUGGAUAUGUGAAGACGGAUAUUAACCAGAAUACUGGGUUUAGAACCCCGGAUGAAGGCGCGGAAGGUCCUGUGAAGUUGGCAUUGUUGCCCUAUGGCGGGCCUUCUGGUCGUUUCUUUGAUCAGACAGAGGAGGGUUCCUUCUGAUAUUCCAUAGAUGUCAGCUUGCUGUAGUAUGGUACUUUACGUAUUCAAUAAUGUGUGUCUGAUUGUAUCUGCGUAUGAGAGACCAAUUGGCUUGGCUGCAAAUCAAUGUCAUCAUGUGGGAUUACUAUUGUGUGAUGAGAAAUUUGGCAACAAGGUUUCAGUAUGUUACUUUUUUUAAUGGAUGAAGGGGGUGAUGAGCUCCUGCCUGUUAUCCAUCUCUUCUCAAAUAGACCAAGAAGCCAUAAAUAAGUUCAAAUCCAACAGCCACUCUGAAUAGUUGAUGUACACCUUGGCAAUGAUGUACAGCUUGGGAGAUACCGAGCUUCUAUUAGCUGGAUAGCUGAUAGGUGAGGUGUGUUGAUUCAGCGGGGAGCUAAUCGACUGAGUUGAGAGAUUGUUGUAAUUUCUGGUGCUUCAACAAACAUAUUCGUAGUGCAAUGUCUCAGACCGUGGAAUAGUGAGUUUUGAGAUUCUUAUUCUCUCAACAGCGGAAACCACGUAAAACC